UAUUUUCUGCGUCGUAUGCAUCUUUUGUUCGUCUUUAACAGAGCUCUCUUUUUCUGCAAUCAGGUUUUUUAUUAUCUAGGCGAACUUAACGACUCCUUAUCCUAUGCCCUUGGAGCUGGCCCUCUAUUUGAUGUUUCAGAGGAUUCGGACUAUGUUAAUACCCUACUUGCUAAAGCAAUAGAUGAGUAUGCCAAUUUCAAGACUAAAGCUUCUGAAGGGAAUGACCAAUCUGCAGUGGUGGAUCCUAGAUUGGAGACUAUUGUUGAGAGAAUGCUUGAUAAGUAUGGGAACUUGUGGUUUUAUUGAUACCAAAAUUAGCUG